GGCAAGGGCAAGGACAAGGGCGCCAAGGGCAGCUCGAAGUCCAAGCCGCCAGCCGAUCAGGGGACGCAGCCACCAACGUCCCCAACCCAGAGCUGGGCGUGCCCGCAGUGUGUGGCAAGCAAUCACCUGCGCCUUGCUUUCUGCAAGAUGUGCGGAGUGCAUUGGCAGACGACGGCGCCGAAGAUCCCGCCACCGCCCAAGACUGCGGGCACAGAUGACCCGAUGGCGGGAAGCGGUGGCACGACGGAGCCGCCAUGGGUGAAUCAUGGUCAGCAGAUGACGCGAUGCCAGCAGUUGCUCGACAGCUUGGGCAAGGCUACGGAGACCGAGGGGUGCACCAUCGCGAAGGAGAAGGCCCAGACGGCGAUGAGCAAGCACGACGCCAACAUUGGCAAGUACCGUGACCAGAUCGCCGCCUUGGAGAAGACGAUCGAAGAGAAGAGGUCCCUCAUCGCGGACGAGGAGACCCAGAUUUCAGAGUGCCAGCAGAAGAUCGCGGAGCAGGUCGCCGUGGUCCAGAAGCUGGCGCCGUCGCAGACAGCACCUGAAGCGGCACAACCGCCAGCUCAGGGAGCAGCUGCCCAGAGGCAGGCCGUCGGAUCGAUCGAUUCCCUCUUGGGCGAGUUGAACGCUUUCCAGAGCCACCUCUCGGGCAACGAGAACCAGGUCCUCAUCGGCCCCAUGCAGACGCUCGUCGCGACCAUCCAGCAGGUCCAGCAGCAGGCGCGGGCAGAGUCAGCGGCGGCAGAGGCGCAGAG